AUGAAAUUUGAGCUAAUCUUCGUACCGUAUCCUGUUAUUGGUCAUCUCAGAUCAACAGUAGAGAUGGCGAAGCUACUAGUGGAGCGAGAAACUCGCCUCUCUAUCUCCGUUAUCAUCCUUCCUCUUCUUUCAGUAGACGACAUCAGUACUUCCGCUUAUAUCUCAGCCCUCGUCGCCACAUCCAACGACCGCCUUCACUACGAAGUGAUCUCUUGCGAAGAUCAAACAACCACCGAGUUACAUGUCGAGAACCACAUCCCGAGGGUGAAACGUGCCGUUGCAAAACUCGUCGAUGGCUACUCAAGUCUACCGGACUCGCCGAGGCUCGCUGGUGUAGUCGUGGACAUGUUCUGUACCUCGGUGAUAGACGUGGCUAACGAGUUUGGUGUUCCGUGUUACUUGUUUUACACCUCGAACGUUGGGGUUCUCGCACUUGGACUUCACGUCCAGAUGUUGUACGAUAAAAAGGUAUACAAUGCCACCGAAACUGAUUUUGAGGACUCGGAAGCCUUGUUGGACGUUCCGACACUACAAAAAAAUGGGCAUGUUGCAUCAGUUAUUUUGUAUCAAAUAAAUAAAUGA